AUGCGUUCAUUUCUAAAAGAGCACACUGCUUACGAUGUUUUACCUGUCAGCUACCGUCUUAUUGUAUUUGAUACUCGUAUGCCAGUCCAAAAAGCACUUUUUGCUCUUGUCCAGAAUGGUAUUGUCUCGGCUCCGUUGUGGGAAAGCAAAACCCAGAGAUUCGCGGGUAUGCUGGCUGUUUCAGAUUUCAUAAACCUAAUCCAGUACUACUACAAUCACAAUUCGGUCGAAGAGGCACUGAAAGAUAUCGAACAAUUCGAAAUUGCCCAUUUAAGGGACGUUGAAAAGCAAGUUAACGCACCUACAUCCCAGCUGGUAUCUAUGGAUCCAAUGUUGACUUUGUAUGACGCUUGUCGGCUUUUGGCUGAGAGUCGAGUGCACCGGGUACCUUUGUUAGACCGAGAACCAAAUACGAAUACUGAAAUGAUUGUGAGCGUGUUGACACAGUAUCGAAUUCUCAAAUUUAUUGCCAUGAAUUUUAAAGAUGCACAAGCAUUGAGACAACCCUUGUCAGAAUUGAAAGUCGGUACCUACGAAGAUAUAGCCACAGCAUCAUUGUCAACACCUGUUAUCCAAGUUAUCAAUAUGUUUGUGGAUAAGAAUGUGAGCGCAGUACCGAUUGUUGAUGAGAACAAUGUAGUUUUGAAUGUAUAUGAGACAGUCGAUGUAAUGAGUAUAGCACGGACGGGAAGAUAUAACGAGCUUGAUAUUCCUGUUGGGGAGGCCAUGGAAGCCAGACCAAAGGAUUAUCCAGGAGUUCACACUUGUACUCUCAACAACACACUUGAUUCCAUAUUCAGGAUUAUUCGCAAACAGCGUGUAUAUAGACUAAUUGUGGUUGACCAUGAAAAUAAGCUGGUUGGGAUUGUCAGCCUAUCUAAUAUUCUUGGCUACCUGGUUGGUUAUAGACACUAAAGAAAGCAAGAAAGCCAGAAAAUAUCUGGCUUGUUUGAUAUCUUAUUUACUUUUUUCAUCCUCUUUUCUUGACCCAUUCAAAUGGUGCAUGCCAUUUCAUAAAAGCAUUCUGAUACACACAUACACAUACAUACAUAUAUAUUCAUCGAAAAUAUACAAAACAUUAGACAU